CAAGAGCUCGCUGCGCUGAGUGCUGCGCGAGCAGCGUCCACGGCCAUGGCAGUGGCUUUUGUUGCGCCUGCCUCACCCUUGCGUCCCGCCGGCGCAACGCUGGGUGCUUUGAGCCAUCGCGAGGUUCAGGCGCCGCGUCGGCCGCAUGCUGAGUUGGUCACCGGCGCGGCGGCCGCAGGGGCUGUCACCGCACUGCGCGCCAAGGCUCGCGCCCGGACCCGGCGCUCGCGCGGCGAAGCGAAGCCGCGCGUGGUGCGCCGGGCCUCGAAAGCGGUCGAGGAGCUGAGACGACUGGUCCACUUGGGAGGCCCCUCAGCAGAGAAGGCGCUUGCAGUAAACCUGGACAAUAACUUCUACGGCAGUUUCGCUGAGAUCGGCGCUGGUCAGGAGGUGUCCCGGACCUUCCUGCAAGCCGGGGCGGCGGCUGGAACGGUGGCCCGGUCCAUCUCUGCCUACGACAUGAAGAUGUCGGACGUGAACUACGGCAAGGCACAGCGCUACGUCACCCGGGAGCGAUUGCUGCAGAUGCUGGACACGGAGUAUGACAUCGUGGAGCAGAAUCUCCGGGAGCUGAAAGGCCCUGAUGCUCGAUUCUUCUCCUUUGCCACGACCGUGGCAGCAAAAGCCUACAACUCAGACAGAGAGUGCGAAGGCUGGCUGGGCUUGACGUAUCAAGCAACGCCCGGGGCAGAGAAGAGCACCGUGGUCUUGCACAUCCGGAUGAGCCAACCAACUGCGCAGCUGCAGGGCGAGGCAAUUGGAGAGCUGGGCACCAACCUCAUCUACCUUUGCUGGGGGCUGUCAGAUCCAUACUUGAUUACCUCCUACUUGCUGGAUGGCUUGCCCAUCAGCGAUGAGCCGGGCGGUGGUGGCCGUAUCGAAGUGGAUUACGUGGACUUCAAGGGCCCUGACUUCACCAACGUAGACAGCCGCCUGCUGGCCUUCCGCCUCAUCCAGCUGCGCAUUGCCAACGGCGUGCUGAUGGAGGCGGAUGCCAAUGGCAACUACCAGAUGGUUGUGCCCAACAACUCGCUCUACAAGCGCCCUGUGAUCGUGGAGAGGUCGCGCUUCAAGCCGGCCACCUUCAUGCACACGGAGGUACUGGAGGCGGGGGCCGCCAAGUUGGCCUCGGAUGCGGCGGAAGGGAAGCCCCCGAUGAAGGUGAUGAACUUGCAGAUCGACGACCUCACGCAGCCGGUGUCGUGGCAGGGGACCAAGGAACGCCUGGACGCCCUGAAGGGCAUCAUUGCCGGCGACGAGAACAGCGAUGGAGAGAUCAGCUUCUCGGAGUUCCAAGCAAUGGCUGCCAGCGAGCUUUCAGAGGACGAGACCAAGCGGAUCUUCGAAGAGCUCGCCUGCGGGGCCAAGGCUGUGUCCGUGGAUGCAUUGAUGAACAUCACGAAUGGCGAGGACAGUGUGCUGGCCACCGAUUUCCUGCAUCGCUUCGAGAUGCUGCAGGUAUUGAAAUACCCAGUGCUGCUUUCCAACAUCAAGAGGACGCACCAACUCGUGCGAUGGAUUUCAAGAUACACGAACCAGCAGAUCAUCAUCGCGGUAGGCGGCGGAGGCUUUUCACUGCAGCGGGCGCUCUUUGAUCCGAAGAGCUACACCAACCAGGAGGGCGGAAUGUUGCGGGCCUUUGGGAACCUCUUCCAAAGCCGCAAUACACGGAUCUUUACGUACCCCAGCAUUGAUGAGGAAGGCAACAUACUGCCGGCAAGCUUGCCCGAGGGCAACGAGCAGAAGCUCUACGAGUACUUGGAAUCGGUAGGAAGCAUCCUGCCUUUGGGCAACGCCUUCGCCAGUGCGGAUGCCCGCGAUCCUGUCAAGAACCAGCGAUUCAGAUACGGCAGCGAUGAAGUCAUGAAGCUCAUUGAGAAUGGCUCCACCGACUGGGAGCAGUACGUACCAGAGGGCGUGGUGGAGAUUUGCAAGUCUCACAAGUGGUUCUCGAGGUUGCAAGCUGGAUGCCAGUUGUCACCCAAAGCGUAUCAAUUCCUGAACAGUUUGAAGGCAGGAAUUAAGUGAGUGCGCCUUGCUGGUCACGUGCAAGCAAAGGCCCGAAGUUUUGCGGGAGCUUGCUCGACCCAAAGUUGGCAAGCAUCGCACAAGAAGGCAGACCGUGCGUAUGGAUUUGGCAGGCUGCCAUUGAUUUCUCCAAUAUUCGAGGCUGAUGCUCAAAAAGUGUUGUUGUCUGGCUUUGC